UUCUUUUUUAAUAUCGCCAUCUCUUUAGUGUUUACUUGCGCAAGUAUCUUUUGGUUGGGCUUGUCAGUACCUCACCAUUGCAGAGAAGAGUGGCACUGGCUUGCAGUGGUCGAACAUAGCUCUCAACAACUACGGCAAUGAGGAAUUCGCUUUUCUAUCAUCUCUACUGAUGCUUUACGUCGAUUCUGCAGUGUACCUUUGUCUGACGUGGUACAUCGAUAGCGUUUUUCCAGACACAACGAAUUGCAAUGUUGAAACAGAACUGUCAGCCCUACCCAUUGGAGUCUCAAUACGCAAUCUGACGAAAAUUUACACUGGAAAGCAAAAAGUGAUCGAUAAUUUUUCGCUUGACUUCUAUGAAGGUCACAUAACGUCAUUCAUUGGUCAUAACGGAGCAGGAAAAACGACCACCUUAUCUAUCAUAACUGGAGUUUUACCACCUACGUUUGGAACAGUGUACGUUGAUGGCAAAGACAUUCGAUCGCACGCGUCAGAAAUUCGAAAGUCGUUAGGAUUUUGCCCUCAGUAUAACGUCUGUUUUCACCUGUAA